GCUGAAAGGCAAAGAAAGGUUUAAUAGCGGCAGGGACAAGUGAAGGAGUGAGGGGGCGGAGGAAGCAUUCAAUCUGUGUCCCUCACUGCUGGCCCGUCUGCUCUCUGCUCGCUCCGGGACUGCCACAGGAAAUCAUCACCAAGAUGAAGACUGCAAUAAUUCUGCUCAGCAUCUUGGCGAUGGCUGGUGCAUUCUCAAUGAAAAAUUUGCAUAGAAGAGUCAAGUUAGAAGAUUCUGAAGAAAAUGGGGUCUUUAAGUACAGGCCACGAUAUUAUCUUUAUAAGCAUGGCUAUUUUUACCCUCCUCUAAAGCGAUUUGCAUUCCCGAGCAGCAGUGACUCUUCCGAAGAAAAUGGAAAUGGUGAUAAUUCAGAAGAAGAGGAGGAAGAAGAGGAGACUUCAAAUGAAGAAGAAAAUAAUGAGGAUUCUAAUGGAAAUGAAGGAGAAGAAUCUGAGGCUGAGAAUACCACACUUUCUACCGCAACCCCUGGCUAUGGAGAGGAAAUCACUGCUGGAACAGAGUACAUAGGGUUAGCGGCCAUCCGGCUCCCAAAGAAGGCUGGGGAUACAGGAAGCAAGGCUCCUAAAAAUGAGGAAAGUGAGGAGGAGGAGGAAGAGGAGGAAGAGAAUGAAAAUGAGGAAAACGAAGCAGAAGUGGAUGGAAAUGAACAAGUUGUGAAUGGCACGAGCACCAACAGCACGGAGCUAGAGACCAGCACCGGCAGCAGCGGCGCAGACAACGGAGAAGAGGGUGAAGCGGAAGGCACCACAGCAGGCGCUACCCUGACUGUGGGGCAGACCACUGGCAGCUCACACACAACGCCCUCUCCAGAUGCUGGCUUUGAACCCACAAACCAGACACCCGAGGCCUAUGGGAACACCCUCCCACCCGGGAACACCCUCCCACCCUAUGGGAAGACCACCACGGCUGAGUAUGGGGGCGAGUACGAGCAAACAGGGGGCAACGAGUAUGAUCCUGGGUAUGACGUCUAUGAUGCCGCCGAGAACGGGGGUCCUCGUGGGGACAAUUACAGAGCCUAUGAAGAUGAGUACAGCUACUACAAAGGGCGUGGCUACGAGGGCUAUGAAGGUCAGGACUACUACUACCAUCAGUGAAGGCCAGCCUGGUGCGGAGUCACCUUGCCAGCUCGCAUCUGGCUCCCAGUUUCCAAGUUCAACUCAGGAAGGUGCAGUGCAUGCGGUGUGCACGUAACGGCGUAGAUAGCGGUGCAGCUCCUAAGUCUCUGUAACUGCUUCUGCCACUAAUGGGCUCUUACUGCUUUCUCCUUGCUCUUUUCAGAAGGUUGUUGCAGGUCAGGAGCGUUGAUCAAGCAGCACACCAAACUAGAAGAUGGAAUUACUUGGAACUUUUUGAGUUUGUAGCUCUAUAAUUAGCAUUUGUAAUUCAUUCACUCUAUUGCUAACUCCCCAAACGUGCUCUUCACACACGAAUGCUUCUGAGAAGAGAGCCAUUGAUGUUAUGAUUCCGUAUGCAAUAAAUGUGUAAUUGCUAACCAUACUACCUACCAACACUGUAUAUAAGGCUACAUUAUAGUCCUCAUGGAUUUUUAUGUGGAUCUGUGUGUAUAGCCUAUCUUAUCAGGUCUUAUCACAAAUAAAAAGCAAUCCUUCUAAUGUGUUAUAAUUAAGAAGACAA